CCUGCGAACGGCGUGGGGUUGGGGGUGGGGAGGGGGGGGAGGAGGGACCCUUUGGUCACAGGAGCAGAGAGCCGCGGCACACACACACGCACACGCAGGAAGGCAGGGGCCGCGAAAUCGAUGUCCGUUCGGGCGCGUGCGCAGAUGCGCUACUGGGCCGGGCCGCUCUCGGCUCCGGCGGCGCUCACUCGCGCACUGGAUGCCGCGCGGCACGCAGCCCAGGGCGCCUCAGCUCGAGCGCCGGCCGCCGACCGCGUGCAGCCCGGCCGCCGCAUGGGACCGGACGCCGCCGAAGAGGACGACGCGGGCAGCGAGCCCCUUCGCCAGGGCCCCUGCACCGUGAACUGACGACGACCAUAAGCGUGGAACUCUUGUCCGACUCUUCGGAGAGGUCGCCCGUACCGCACGCAGCGAGAGACACCGCCGCGAAAAAGUUUUGACGCCCCGUGGUUCACGACACGUUCGCCGCUGGUGGGACGUUCCGGCGAGGUGAUGCACCGCGGGCGCGCAAUGACGCUAUGUGACUGCUUGUGGCAUAGCGAAGUGACUGAGUGACACCGGUCUGGCACCGUGCGACAAACCUGCCGCGGGAGCCGAGAACUUGCCUUCGCCCUUGCAAGGGGAGACACGACGAGACAGCUGAGUAAAUUUGUGUUGCGUGCGCGACCCAGCCCAUCGCACAGCGGCGAGAGGAAAACUUAUUUUCUCGGAUUCCUCGACCCUGUUCUUUUUCUUCUUCUCUUUAUUUUUUUUUUUUUUUUGCCUCGUCACUUACGCGAUUGUUUUGCACGCUUCUGGCUUUCGGACUUGUUUUAUAUUCUUUGCUUUUUUGCGUGAUCCUUCGAACUGACUCGACCAAGAUGCUUGGACUGUGAGACUUCUAAGUGCUGCGGCGCAUCGGUCACAGAAGUCUUGGAACGGAAGGAGCAGUCCCGCAGUCUCAGCAGGUUCCGCACUGCUUCGCAUUUCUGACGGCUGUUCGCCCGGCUGCCUACCGCCAAGCACCAUAUAACUCCCAAGAAUUUCUUAUGAGGCCCGGAUAGCGCUGCCGGGGCACGAGGAGGAGGCCAGCCUGCAGCCGCUACGCGGGAUCGGCCCUCGAGUCCAGCUGAUCGAAGCUUACGUGGCUUCUGCAAACUUGGACGCCUAUAGUCGCCGCAUCCCUCCGUGAAUCCAUGGGAGGUGGCCGCACCAAACUCACCUAACAUGAGAACCUGGCCGUCUGCUUGCUUCGAGGUGUGACCCUGAAAUGCAUGACGGGCUUCCGUCUGACAAUCACAGCCCUUCAACGUCAUCACAACCACCCUGGCGGUUGUCUUGCUGGACCCAUCGAACCGGCCCUGCUCACGUACGACGGCGGGGAGAUCCGGGCCACGUCCAGGGGCGAGGACUUCGAGACACUCAAGAAGAAGCUCACUGAACACGACAGAGCGUUCAUCUACCUCCGAAUCCAGGCCGGCGACGAGAUGAGCAAGCGGUCCAAGUUUGUCUUCAUAACGUGGCUAUCCGAGACAGUCGGGGUGCUGCAGCGAGCCCGCAUCAGUAGUGACAAGGCUGCGGUCAAGGAAAUAAUUAAGAACUUCGCCGUUGAGCUCCAGGUCGGGGAUCCCGGAGAGCUCACCGAGGAUCACAUCAAAAACACAGUGAGCAAGGCCGGAGGAACUGACUACGGCACGGCGUCUUAGACGAUGCUCGCCCCACCGUUUUCUCCAAGUUGCCAAGAACAACUGUCUCAAGAAGAUGGGCUGCUCCCCAGUUUCACAGCUCUCAACUGGAGAAAACUGAAGAACGAACCUGAAGAAAAAUUCUUCCCACAAAAGAAAGACACCGCAGGAACGCUUGCCGAGAGGAGGAAUAAACAGAAUAAACGGAA